ACCAUACUUUUCAGAAUGAAUCUCUUCUGCUUCUCUCUGGAGGGCUCUAUGGACAGCCUGUAUGAGGCCGUGCAGGAGUCCUGUGAGGCUCAGGUGUACACCAUCCCCAGCAGGUCCCACAGCACAGCUGUUCUCUUAGAUGACACCACCAAAUGGAAGAACGCAGCGCGUUCCAUCUCCAUGGAAAUUUCUCAAAUAAACUCAGACAACACUAGAAAAAAGAAACAAAGAUCACAACCAAAGUCUGUUUCUGAAAAUGACACUUUAGAUAAUACCAUCUGCGCUAAUUCUGUCUGGCCGGAUGCCAAGAAGCAGGAAGAUUUAGUCCUCCUGAGGAACAAUCAGAAUGAAGAUCUGGUGAGACCUGUAAGAAGAGCUGAAAGCCAGAAUAUGGCAGACAGAAAGACGAUUUCAAGAAACAUACAGCAAGAGAUGCCUAUCCAGUCUGAGACAGCAAAUGCAGAGAUGACACAGCUAAGAGGGACAAGGGUGAAAAAAGUAGAGCGGAAAAGCAGUCAAAGAGGAACUCCAACACAAGAGACAACAGCUCACAUCAAAGGUGCCAAAGGGAUGAUGUAUGCCAUUGGGCAACAGCCACAUAAACAGGAGAAUUACUGUAUUUCUGCUGAGGGGUCAAGGGUCAUGGAGACCGCACACUCCAGCAGACAUCGAUGGAGUAACCCCACAGAAAUGGCUGUAAACUGGGCACAAGCCUACAACACCUGUCAACCUCCCCACAAUGAACAUUGUGUCCACACCCGUGACUGCAGAAUGCCAAGUCAAGGAGAUAAAAUCAACGUUCAAAACAUGAAGAGAGACUCCUUGCCUAAAGGAGUGGUGCAUUCCACAACCAGUGUGGAUUUCUGUACCUCCAAUCGAUCCACAAGUUUUGGGAGAUUUGACACAUUCAGAAAUCAACACUCCCCUUCCAGACUUGAGGAAAAUGGAACACCUGAGACAGAUGAAUCAACAGCAGAGAACUGUGAGAAACCGGGAAGUUUGGGAAAAAAGAUGAAGGCCAUCUCAAUGACUAUGCGUAAAAGGAUGGGCAAGAAACACGUCAAAUCCUACUCUGAGGACAUGGGUGAUGACACUGAAGGAGAAACAGAGAAUGCGACUCCAGCAGAGAAGAGCUCAGACCACGCCAGCAACUCAUUAGAAAGCCUCUACAGUGGACAGAGCUCAUCCAGCUCAGGUGGUGUUACCAGUAAUUCAGAUGUAUCCAGUAACAGAGACAGCCUGAAACUGGAGGAGGAAAUGGCCUACACGGGGCAGUUCUGCGGGCGAGCAAAAGUACAUACAGACUUUGUUCCCAGCCCAUAUGAUACAGACUCCCUCAAACUGAAGGUGGGAGACAUCAUCAGCAUCAUAAGUAAACCACCUAUGGGAAUAUGGACCGGAAUGCUCAAUAAUAAAGUGGGAAAUUUCAAGUUUAUUUAUGUGGAUGUUCUUCCUGAGAAAGAAAAGGAGGAAGAGGAUGAGGCCCCAAAAAUAAGACCUGUGAAAGUAUGCAAGAAGCCACGACCAAAUACACUUCUGGAGUUAUUAGAGAGACUUCAUUUAGAGGAAUAUGCAUCUUCUUUACUCUUGAAUGGCUACCAGACAGUAGAUGACCUCAAACACUUGAAAGAGAGGCAUUUGAUUGAGCUGAAUGUGACUGAUCCAGAACACAGACGCAAGUUGCUUGCUGCAUCAGACUGCCUCUAUGUCACAAGCAAAGACGAAGAGGGAGAGAUGAAGGGCGGUGAGGAGGAAGACGAAGAUAAUGACUGUCUUAGAGACUCGGGUUGUUUUAUUCCAGCAGAGUGUCCUGACAGUUGAGAGGCACUCACUAGUUAACUAAUGUCUCUCUCCUGACAUAAUUUAAUAGUAAAGCUACAAACAGACACAGAACUCAGUAAAUAUGUUUUCUUUUGUUACAAUAUGUGUUAGUCUUUCAUUUAGAUGUACUUGUGUUUUGUAUUUACACAUUUUUGUUCAGCUUUGUGUUGAUGUAACCUUUUUCUGUUCAAUGUAGAUGUUAUUUGAACUUUCAUGCCAACAUAUUUGUGUGUAAGGAACUUUUACAAAUGUUUAUCAUGACUGUAUUGUAUAUAAUAUUAUAAAAAAAUAAAUUAUUUAUUCAGCAGA